GUCUUCUCCGAGCUCCAUCUGAGCCGGGCUGAAGAGUUCACUGAAAAACUGCCUCAUCUGGUGGACAGCAUGAGUUCUUCAGGCUGUCCGUAUAAAAGUUUUUGUCGUAGACCACAGAAAUAGCUGGUUAGUUGGGUUUGUCGAUCAGGAGAAGGUUAAACAGCUGGACUGACGGACUUCUAAAGAAGACAGAAUGACUGCCAACGAGGAGCAAGAGAUGGAGUUGGAGGCUCUGCGUUCAAUUUAUGAAGGAGACGAUUGUUUCAAAGAGCUCAGCUCGGUUUCCUUCCAGUUCAGGGUAGGAGAUCAUGAUGAAUCCAAAUCAUUCCUGCUGGAUGUCUCGUGGCCAGAGACGUAUCCUGAAACUGCACCUCAUUUGUCCUUAGAUGCCUUUUUCAACAACAGAAUCUCUCCGGAGAACAAGCAGUUUAUAACCUCCAAGUUGCAAGAGCAGGUGGAGGUAAACCUUGGCACUGCGAUGAUGUACACUCUGUUUGAGUGGGCCAAAGAAAACCAGGAGAUGCUCAUGGAAAAUCACCAGCCUGUAAUGUCUGCUGUGACUUUGACGUCAAACACCGACACAAAUAGUCCAGUCACUGUCACAAAGAAAAAGGAGAAGAAAGAACAGCUAACAAAGGCGCAGAAACGGAAAAUGAUUGGGAGAACUGAUAACAAGGGUGAACUGCCCAGAGGGUGGAAUUGGGUAGAUGUUAUAAAGCAUCUGAGCAAAACAGGAGGAAAGGAGGACGGCUAGAAAAACUGCUUCAGAACGCCGAUAAAAGGAGAAACGGAUAGAUGGAAGUGGAUAGUCUGACACGACUUGUUUUUAAAGAAAGUUAAUUGAACUCUCUAGCUAUGGUUUGAAUUCACUUGAAGCUACUGUUUUGUUUGUGCCAAUGAGACAAGAGGACAAGACACAGGUAUAAAAAAAAAUAUCCUCUGCCACAAGGAAAAGACUUCUUAUGCAGUAGAUUCACCAAAGUGGUAGUCACAAAAUGAGUGAAAUGCCAUUUAGACAAAAUAAAAAUCAUGGCGUGUUUGAGAGAGUCCAUACUGAGGAGCGACUCAGGUCCAAUAUCUUCAAACUGAGAGGCUUUAUGUACAGCCUCAAAUUGUCGGCCAGCUGGGCUGCAGUUUAUGUAAUGCUGACAGCUGUCCCUGAGGGCGCCUGCAAAAUGAUAAGAUCAACAUUUUUUGGUGCCGUGUGGUUUGAUCAGGUGAACCUCAGUUUGUAUUUGUACCUGUUUUUAGCCUGUUUCUUUCUCCUUUUGGUUAUUUAUUGUAACUUUCUUGACCCGAUAUAAAAAUCUUAUGGAACUUUC